AUGGAGCCGGUCUUCAUCGUCACCCGCGAAGAGUUACACGAUGUUCAGAUGGAGUUGAAGCGCAUCCAACAGAUCCAGCAGCUGCAUGGCGAGAGACUACGCUCGUUGGAAAAGCGCCAGGCCGACGACGCCGCCCUGAAGUCCGUCUGGAACUCGCCGUUUCCGAGUGCGCUUGGCGGAACGCCUCAGCACGGCCCGCUGCAUAUGCCGUCGACCGAGCUGUUCAGCGACCUAGAUGAGCAGGGCCAUAACCUGCUUGGGAGUUUGCAACUCGAAGCGGAGGAUGAGCCGAUACGGCGUGGGGCGGCGUCGCGAGCUAACAGCGUCCGCUUCGAUGAGAGCGCCCUGCACGGUGCCAACUUUGGUGGUGGAGGCCGCCACUCCAAUGAGUUAGGGCCCAUACGUCCUGGAAGCGGCAUGGGAGGGCAUCAGAUGAUGGAGCGGUCAUACUCGCACAAAUCCGACGGCAGACAUAGCUCUGCCGGGCAUUCGGUUCACUCAAUGCAUUCGGGGAUAUCAGGUCGUGCCAGCAGCCUUGGGCUCGACACCAAUUUUGUAAUUGGCGGCCGAGAGGAUGAUUCGCCCCUUGAUAUCCCAGAACCGCCCCCGGUCUUUUACAUCCUGGGCUCGCCCCCGUCCAUCAUCCGCUGUUGGCUGACUACCAACUUCACAUCUGAGGGCCUCUUGUAUGCCGUGGUUUGCACAGGGUCUCAGAAGUCGACGGUUGAAUACUCGCUUCUCAGAGAUCUCGAUUUGAUCAACAACAUCCACAGGGACGUGGACGGCGUUCACAGGAUAACGCUCCCCGUCUUUCUAGCAGAGGCACGCGUCACUCAGUCCAACUCCCGAUCAACGAGCCCGGCACCGCAGCUGCCCAGCAUAACCGCAUCCUUUGAAGUGACGGGCAUGGAUCAGCAGGAGACGGCCGAGGGCAAGAAGGCUAUCCGCGUCUUUAUCGGGAGUCAUACACUACGAAUGCAUAGUGCCGACCUCCUGCUCUCCCAGAACUUGAUGACUCUGUACGGCAGCGACCGCGACAAACUCUCCAUACCGUUCGUGCGGCCCGAAGAUGAUGCAGUUUUCAAGCAUCUCACCACCGCCAACAUAGCACCCAGCAAGCCCAAACUCAACGCCGCUGCCCCAGAAUUUGUUUCGGGCGAGAAACUGGGGAAAAACUCGGUCCGUGAUGCCAGUGACUCGAAUCGCGCCGAAUCAAAGGCUGGGGAGAGCGGCUCCGAUGCCGUGUUUUCGCCCACGUCGCAGCCAAACCAGGCGACCAAACAAGGGGCGCCCAGCGCUACCUCCGAAAGUGGUACCGAGAGCGACAAACAAGCCGUGGAACUGAACGCGGCAGAGGCCCCUAAAAAGGAAGGCGCCGUAACGGCAGAUGUCGGCCGACGUGAACCCAGUGCCGCCAUUCGGACGCCAUGGCGGCAAACGGCAGCAGCGCUUGGUGAGAGCAGCGCGCCGCCAUUGAGCGGAUAUCAGCCGGCGGCGCGGCCACGCAGCAUGAAAGUGCUGAGGCCUACCAAGGCUAGCAGCUCAUCGUCAAGUAGGACAGGGGCGUCAUACGAGCCGACAUCAGGGUUGCGGUCUAGCGGGGAAUCACGGCGCAAGGGGCCGGCGGAAGGUGGUACGGCAAACACCACCGCCGCCAGCUGGGGGAACACGAAGCGUAGUAUGAGCGGGUCCGCGCUGGGCACCAUUGGGGACAGCAAACAGCAGGUUACAAUGGCGAACAGUCAAGGGGCCGGCACGCUUCCACGAACCGCGAACAACCCUCUCGGAAGCGCCUCUGCGUUUUCGUGGAUCGCAUCGACCAAGCCCAAGACACCCACGACUGCGGCCGAUUAG